AGCUGCUCUUUGAUAAUAACUGAAUGUUUUCUGGGAGCGUCCUAGGCUUUUCCGUGCUGAUGGUCAACAGCCACACCCCAGCAGAACUCCUGUCAUCUCCUGGAUGCUUCAUUUGGUUUGCCUACGUGUGACAAGACUAGACAAGGCGUGCCCUGCAGUUACAUGUUCUUGUACCUCCUCCUCAAAGUAUACUGAAUCCCCCCACACACUGUCUUCAUUCAUUGACCAUCAGGACAGCAGAGUACAGCAGUGCAUUCAUCUCCAUACAAAGAAAACAAAAGCAGAAGAAUGGAUCCCAGGCUGAAUUCACCUGAGAAAUCUCAAUUUCCACCACCACAUGUCUACCAGGACAAUCCACCUGCAUAUCCUCCGUCCUAUCCAGGCCAGUCGGUCUCGCAGGGCCCCUAUGUUCAAGGGUCACAUCCAGGACAAGCGGUGGUCUCGGUGCAGCCUACAGUUUUUGUGACCGCUGCUCCACUGCAAUCUUCACUGCCAGAUUACCUGUGUUACUCCAUCUUCAACUUGUUUUGCUGCUGUUUCCCUCUGGGCAUCGCAGCGCUGAUCUUUUCCGUCUCUACUCGGAAUGCCAAUUUCGCAGGACAUCGUGAAUUGGCGGAGAAGAACUCCAAAACGGCGCGAACCCUGAACCACGUUGGUGUUGGUCUCGGCAUCGUUUUUAUUAUAAUGGUGAUUGUCAUACAGGUUGUGCUUGAGUCACGUUAAAAUGCAUGUGAAAUGUAUACAUAUCCAUAAAUAUGCUGCUGUCAUUGUUGGGUGCAAAAGCAGUACUGGCAUGUUGCCUUUAUCAUGAAUAAAACAUUUAUUUUUAUUAGGC